AUGACUGAAUCCCCACAAAUAACCGCCCCAAUCACUGAGCCCGAGACAGACGAUUGGGCCGGCCUCACAGACCGAGCCGAGCGACGAAGACGCCAAAAUCGAAUUAAUCAGCGGGCCCGCCGAAGACGUCAGCGCCAGGUGAAGGAUGUCCAUCCAAAGAGUCUCGUGACUUCUUACCCAACACCCCCAUCAUCAGCAAUCGUAGACUUACCAAGUCCUCAUCCCAUCCGAAGAUGCGUACCGGCCGAAGUACGCGAUCUAUUCCUGAACCAAUUCGCACAAGCCGCUUUCCAGAGCUACAUUCUCGGUUCUCCGACAGCGGAUCAUCUCCUCACCUUAACGAAAGUCAAUGUCUUCCGAGCAUUCGGGCACAAUAUGCGCUUAAUCGGCUCGGACCUGGAUGAGAUGGGCGAUGAUGACGCAAUCUCAAUAUUUAACACCGGCCUACCUUCACCCGGAUCACAGGGAUCGUCGCCUAUUCACAGUGAAAAUGAGUUGCCGGUUAGUCUGCGACCGACAAAACUACAACGGACAGUACCUCAUCACCCCUGGUUGGAUUUCUUCCCUAUCCCCAAGAUGCGGGAUAACCUGAUUCAAGCGGGGCAAGAGUGGGAUGAUGAAGAGCUUUGUAUUGAUAUUAUGGGAUUCUGGAGUAAUGGUGCUUCUGAAGAGGCGGGGCUUUUGGUCUGGGGUGAUCCUUGGGAUGUGCAAAACUGGGAGAUAACUGAGGCAUUCUUGAAGAAAUGGCAAUGGGUGGUGAGGGGUUGUCCUGAGUUGAUGAAUUCUACGAAUGCAUGGCGGGCGAAACGGGGGGAAAAGUUGAUUUUUAGAUAUAUCUACUAG